UCUACGAGUACUUUCACUCCUUGUCUCACUAAGAAUACGUGACGUUGCAGACAAUGUCCUACCUGUGGCCCGAGCAAAAAAGGGGAAAAUGGUUCGGCAAGUUUCUCGCGGGAACAGUUCUCGAGAAGUGCAAUGGCGGCCGCCUUUUUGACGUCAUUCUCGAUGAUUUUGACGACGCAAUUAAUAAUUUCAUCAACCGAACGAAUAUCAUCCAGCAUUUGCUAGCAUCCUUGACGGUUGAUCCUCGACAGAUCCUGCAGGGCGACCCUCCUCAGAAGCCACUAGUAUAUUACGAGAAUAUGAAGAUGCUAAUAUGGGACGACCUGGACGACGUACGUGGUCACGUAGGUCUUGGCCUCUUCAGCAAAUUCUGGCUUGUGUAUAAAACAUGCUAUUUCAUCGAGAAUCAGCAGGACAGCUAUUGUAUCGACCGCACACUCGAUGUCCUUAAUGGAUAA